CCUCCCUCCAAAGUAAUAAUUGUAGCCCAUUUUAUUCUCCGGUAUACAAAUGAUGUCGUCAAGUUGGGGAGACGAAGAGGAAUUUACAGAGGAGGAUCUUCUCGCAAUCGAGGCCAUCGAGGCUUCCCAUCUCUCCCAAUCAUCAUCUUCUUCUUCUUCUUCGACCGUACGGCCUGCGAACUCAAAUCCAAAUCAAACCCCAAAUCAGAUCCGUCGCCAAUUGCCUCGUUCCAUCACUUCUCCCACACCCUCUAAGCGAUUUCCACUCUCUCGUUGCAGAGCUAAGAAUUUUCCAGCGAUGAGGUUUGGAGGUAGGAUUUUGUAUAGCAAGACUGCUAGUGAGGUUGAUAGGCGAGCAAUGCAGCUUCUUAAAGUUCUCGAUACCAAGAAAGAUCAUUCUGGGAGAGCUUUUAUUGGCUUUGAUAUUGAGUGGAGACCCAGUUUUAGAAAAGGUGUUCUCCCAGGGAAGGUUGCAGUUGUGCAGAUAUGUGUAGAUAAUAGUUAUUGUGAUGUAAUGCAAAUUAUACACUCUGGAAUCCCACAGAGUCUCCAACAUCUUAUUGAGGAUUCAUCUCUCGUAAAGGUAGGUAUUGGAAUUGACGGUGACUCUGUGAAGCUUUUCCAUGACCAUGGAGUGUCCAUCAAAGAUGUCGAAGAUCUUUCUGAUUUAGCCAACAAAAAAAUUGGCGGAGGUUUGAAAAAAUGGGGCCUUGCUUCACUAACUGAGACACUUGUUUGCAAAGAGCUACUUAAACCGCAUAGAAUCAGGCUCGGAAACUGGGAGGUGCGUCCUCUGUCAAAGGAGCAGUUACAGUAUGCAGCAACCGAUGCUUAUGCUUCGUGGCAUCUUUACCACGUGCUAAAGGACCUUCCUGAUGCUGUGGAUUGAUCAUAACGUGGACGAUGAACCUUAAAGGUUAACCACUAGAUGCAGUCUCACGGAAAAAAGAACAUUUGAACAUUGUAUCUAGUUGCAGUCCAUUUUAGUCGUAAUUCAUGCUCGGUUUAAAUGUUUCUGCAGUAUAAAAUAAAGUAUAAGGUCCUGGUAUGGUUAACAAUCGAGAAACCAGGGGCUUUGUGGUGAGGUUUUUGAUUCAGACUUGGAAUACAGUGUAAAGAUCUGAAAAGCUCUUCCACAGACUCUUUUUAUGUUCUUAUAAAUAAAUCUUAGAAACUUAUUUAAGCAAAA